GGCGCCCGCUGACUGCUCGUGAGGCACUGCUUCACCGCGCACAGCCGAAGAACGUCUCCAAUCCGCUCUCUCUCCAGCGCUCAAGAAUAUAGAAGCAAGCUAGAGAGGGAAAAACCCCCAAAAUCCGAAGCGGAGCGCUCUGCCUCUCUCUCCCUUUCUCUCUGUCGCUCUUGCUCCUAUGGAGGAGCUGCCGGCCUCCCGCAUCGGCGGCACGGCAACCUCCAAGAAGGCGGCCCGGGCAGCAUCCAAGAAGGCGGCCGCGGCGGCGAAAUCGGCCUACGACGAUGUGUUCGGCGGGCCGCCGCGGUACGCGGUGCCGUUCGCCGCCCGAUUAGACGACUACUCCGAGAUAUUCGGCGGCCUCGCCGGUUCGUGCUUCAUUCCCGUGCUUGACCUCCCGCCGACCAUGGAUGGCCUCGACGAUGCUCCGGUCGAUGCCUGGAGGUCCGGCUUUGAUUAUGCUGAGAUUUUUCGGGGGUUCGAUGGGGGGGAGUUCGUGGUUUCCUAUCAGGAAUUGUUCGCGGAGCCCAACAAGGAGGAGGUUUCUUUUUCGGAUGAGAGGGGACAAAGAAGAACUGGAUUUGGCCCACAGAUGACAGAAGUAUCCAAAUUUCCUCCAAAACAUCCUAAAGGAGAUAAUGUGGCAUGCACAGAAGAGGAUCAAUUCUCAUCUAACUCUAAUCAUCCUGAUGAUGGCUUAAAACAGUUGAAGGUGUUAUACAACAAGACAAGCCGAGGAAACAUAGAAGAUGCAAUAAGCGGUAGAACUCAUGUAACUCAACUUCAUGCUGUUCCUGGAUUUGCCGUUGUGGUUGAUGGUUGCAACCCCCUGGAGAAUAAUGUGAGCAACAAUCCUCCUGACAUGGUCAAUGGUGAGCUAGCUGAUCUGGAUCAAGGAAAAAAAGUUCCACCGACCUCUUCUGCUGACAAUACAAAGAGUACAGGAAGUGACUUGAAAGCAGAUCAGAAAUUGCAUGCCACUAAAUUUUCUGCCUCACAAAGUGGUCAUGCAAAAGCGAAGCACCAUUCAUGCUCUUCUAGCAAUCAAUCAACAUGCACAGUAGAUGUUUCUUCUGCGGAUGCUUUGUAUGUAAGUGUAUCUGAUAUUAGUCUUCAGACACAACCCUUGCAAGUCCCACCACCAUCAAGGCCACCACCUAAGUUAUUUAAUAAGCAGGGGCUUUGCUCAAUUGAGACAUAUGCAAAUGCCAGAACUGAUUUAGAUGAAGUAAAACUAUGUAAACCCAUUGCAAGUCAUCAAACUCGAUAUGGUGUGGCCUCUUCCAAAGACCAUGCACAUCAGGAGUCUGUGAAAGGUAGCUCACCUUUUUUUGAUGCGGAGGUGGAUGCUAGUUCAGCUGCUGCAGCUUCUGCCGCUGCUAUGAAAGAAGCAAUGGAACUAGCUCAAGGUAGAUUAAAAAGUGCAAAGGAGUCAAUGGAGAGGAAACGUGAUAAUCUUCAGAGCCGCAGGUUGGGUCAUUAUGAUGUUGUAAAAUGUAAUGGCAGGAAGGGGGACCAUUCUACCCAAGAAGUAGAAAGCUUCAAUGAAGAACGAACUCGGAAAACAUUAGUAAAGCAGGGUAAAAAGAUUGAUGGCAUUGCUUCAGAGGAAAGACAUGAAGUCAUAAGUGAAACCAAGAAAACUCUGGAUUAUGAAGAGAAAGAAGGGCAUGUACUAUCAGCUGAAGAGGAUCAACGGUCAAUUCAAGGGAAUAGUUUUAAAUUUUCUGAAGUGUCCCAUAAGUUGGAAAAGAAUUCUGGAAAGUGGAAAACAGAUAAAGAAUUCUAUGAGCUGAUAAAUGAUGAGAAGAAUGAUAAAAUGGUCAGAGAGGUCUUUGAUCAGAAUAUUAUUGUGAAGAAUACAAAAAAAACUGCAAUGAUUAGUGAAGACAAAGAAAAUGUGAAUAAAGAUGCUGGACAGGCUUAUGAGUGUAAAGGAAUCGGGAAGUUGAGAGAAGGUGCUGGAAAUAGUGAAAGGGCAGAAAAUACUAUGAAAUUGAAAGAUGGUAAUAUAGCUUGCAGGGAGGAAGAAAUCAAGGAGGUACCAGAUAUGAUUCCAGAGGCUUGUGUGCAUGAAGAGAGCGCAAAUAUUCUAGAAGACGAUCAGGAUCCUGAUGAAGAGGAAAAUGAGAACUUAAGGAAGAUUCAAAAAGCCAGUGUUCAUGGAGAAGACGUAAAGAAACGAUUUACUAGUGAUGAGGCUCCUGCAUGCGAAGAGAGUGAAAAGACACUGAAACCUUUGGAUGAUGCUUGUAAGUUGGAGGAGAAUUAUGCCAGUGGAAAUGAAAAAAGAAAGUUGGAAGCUGCUAAUGAGGCUUGUGAAAGUGAAGACAAUGAGGAGAAAUUCGGUACAACUGAUGUAACUUGUGUACCUUCUGAACAUGAAGAUAAUUUGAAUGUGGACAGCAGAACAGGUAUUCGGGAUGAAAUCGAGAAGGAAAUUAAAGUUCCUCAUGGAUCAUGCAUGUGGGAAGGAGACAACCUGGAAGCACCUCAGGCAGCUAGCCAGUGUGAAAAUUCUGGUAAGGAAAGAAUAAAAGGAAAUGUUGAAUGCUAUCAUGCAGAAAAUGAACAUAGAUCAGAAGACACCUGGGUGCUGCAUGAGCUGGAAGAAAGUAAAAGGGUAAAUGUGACUCAAGAGGCAUGUUUGCAGGUGAAAGAUGAGUUAAAGCUCAAGGUGAAUCCAGAAGCCGAUGAGCUGGAAGGUGAUUUGAAGGAACAGAAAACAGCAAUAGGGGCCAUGGAGCAUGGAGAACAAGAGAAGAAAACAGGAUCGGCAAAAGAGGCAUGCUGCCAAGAUUUCAAUGAAAUGAAAAUGGUAGAUGCUCAACUGGAAUUUGUGCAAAAGGACAAGCAACAAGAGGGAGAUCAAGCGCCGCUUCAGCUGGGAAAUGAGCAGACUGUAUUUGUAAGUGACCAUGGAGAGGAAAGAAGCAAGGAUGUUAAAGAAUUUCACGUGGCAUCUGAUAUUAUUGAAGAAGUUAAAAAAUUGAAUGGAAUUCGAGAGAUCUUCCAGAGGGCUGCAGGCAGAGUUAUGGAAGAUGUUUGGCAGGCUUCUUUGUUGGCUAAGAAUGGUGAAAUACCAAAUUCAGCUCAAGAUGAUAUGGAGAGUAGUGCUUUGGCUUCUGAUAGAACCACUGAAGAUGUUCGGCAGGCUUCUUUGUUGGCUAAGAAUGGUGAAAUACCAAAUUCAGCUCAAGAUGAUAUGGAGAGUAGUGCUUUGGCUUCUGAUAGAACCACUGAAGAUGUUCGGCAAGCAGAGAAGCUUGCUGAGAAAGAUAAAAUGCCAAGUUCAGCUCCAGAUGCUAUGGAGAGUAGUGCUUUGGCAUCUGACAGAACUGCUAACAAUUUGCAUAGAACAGAAGGAAGGAAAAAUGAAAGAAGAAUAGAAAGAGAAACAGAUCAAGUGAAAGAGCAGGCAAGGAACUUCAAGGAACAGAAAGAGCGGGAGAGAGAAAGAGAAAAGGACAGAUUCGCUGUUGAAAGAGCUACCCAUGAAGCACAGGAGAGGACAUUUGCUGAAGCCCGGGAAAGGGCAGAAAGGAUAGCAGUGGAGAGGGUUAUUGCUGAAGCUAGGCUAAGAGCACUAGCAGAGGCCCGAGAGAAAGCGGAGAACGCUUCUCGUGAAGCUCAGGAAAGAUCACUAGCUGAGAAAGCUUUGAGAGAAGCUAGAUUGAGGGUGGAGCGUGCUGCCAUGGAGCGAGCAACUGCAGAAGCUCGGGAGCGUGCUGUAGAAAGAGCACUUGCUGAAAAAGCUGCUUCAGAAGCAAGAGAACGCAUGGAGAGAUUUAAUGCCACUUCUAGGAACAAGAUGAGGAAAGAUAAUGUGGCAGAGGAUCAUUUUAAGACCAGAGAUAAGGACAUGCAGGAUGUUGCACAUAGUGCACAGUUUCAAAGAAGUUCUUCUGGCAGUUGCCAAAUAUAUUCAGAUUUCAACGGUCAAGGUGAGGGUGAGUCAAAUUUAAGAUAUAAAGCAAGACUUGAGAGGCAUCAACGGACAGUUGAACGUGCAGUAUGUGAAGCAAAAGCUCUUGCAGAAAAGAAUAGGCGUGAUCUUCUUUCACAAAGGGAGCAGGCAGAAAGACAUAGGUUAGCAGAGUAUCUGGAUGCUGAAGUCAAGAGAUGGUCGAAUGGAAAAGAAGGAAAUUUGCGGGCUUUGCUGUCAACAUUGCAAUAUAUCCUUGGGCCUGAGAGUGGCUGGCAGCCAAUUCCAUUGACAGAUAUUCUUACAGCUCCUGCUGUAAAGAAAGCCUACAGGAAGGCUACUCUUUGCGUUCAUCCAGAUAAAUUGCAGCAGAGGGGUGCUAGCAUUCAACAGAAGUACGUUUGUGAGAAGGUUUUUGAUCUCCUUAAGGAAGCUUGGAAUAGAUUCAACUCAGAAGAGCGAUAGCAGAUGGAACAGGUACUAUAUAUUGUUCACAGUUCAAGCUUUAGCUGAUUUUAGAGUAAGAGGCAAUGUAAUUUUGGAUCCAGCAAGUUUGAUAACAUUGCUAAAUUGUAAUCAUUCUUUUGCAUUUAUGUAUAUGUGUAGUUUCUAGUAGUUUGUAUUAGAAUUUUAGUCCUGCUCCAACGAGAUAUAACACAGAGCAAAAAUGUUUCUAUUGCAAUGAAAUCCAUGGUGCAAGAAGUUCA